AUGCAAACAAUCAAGUGUGUAGUAGUGGGAGAUGGUGCAGUAGGAAAGACUUGUCUUUUGAUCUCGUACACCACGAACAAAUUCCCGAGUGAAUAUGUUCCUACUGUCUUCGACAAUUAUGCUGUGACCGUGAUGAUUGGUGAUGAUCCGUACACAUUGGGUCUGUUUGACACCGCUGGUCAGGAGGAUUACGACCGUCUACGACCAUUAUCCUACCCACAGACGGACGUGUUCCUCGUUUGUUUCAGUGUGACUUCGCCGGCAUCGUUCGAGAACGUAAAGGAGAAGUGGUUCCCAGAAGUUCACCAUCAUUGUCCCGGGGUGCCGUGCCUCAUCGUCGGCACGCAGAUCGAUUUGCGGGAGGACCCCCAGGUUCUAGAGAAAUUGGCGAGACAGAAACAGAGGCCUGUGACGAGCGAGCAAGGCGAGCGGCUUGCUCGGGAGCUCGGUGCGGUCAAGUACGUGGAAUGUUCGGCGCUGACGCAGAAGGGGUUGAAGAACGUCUUCGAUGAGGCGAUUGUCGCAGCCCUUGAGCCACCCGUGGUCAAGAGUAAGAAGAAGUGUGUCAUUGUCUAG